CACCAACGGCAAAUGCACGGUACCACCUUCGUCGCCGAAGCACUGCACAGUCUCGUGGUAGUGGCAAUGGCCGUGACGGAGAUUUAAUGCGUCGAACGCGUGAGACCACUGUGAGGACUGUGAUCCUCGGUGCUGGGAUCCACAAUACGAACAUCAAUGCCAUCGACAAUGUGGACACUGACAUUAAUAUGGUCGACGAUGUGGACACUGAUAUGGUCGACGAUGUGAACACUGGCGUCGAAACUACGGACAUUAAUGUGGUCGACGAUGUCGAAAUUACGAUGGAGAAAUUACGAUGGAGAAAUUACGAUGGAUAA